AUGGCGACCACAGUCUACAGUCGAAGCGAUGUGCCACUGGAAGUGAUGCAUGACUCAAGCCGUAUCUCGCUGGAAGGAUGGCAGACUCCGGUCUCACAGCAGGGAUCGAAGAUCGAAGAUCCAUUAUCCUCACCAAAUCAGGAGCUUUCUCGAACGAGGGCAAUCAUUUUGACUACCACACUGACCGGAAUCACAUUCGUCGGCAGCAUGAGUAGUGGACUCCUCACAGUGUGCUUACCUGGUAUCGCGGCUGAUUUGAAUCUACCCGACAAUCUAUUAUUAUGGCCUGCUUCAGUUUAUUCCCUCGCGAACGGGUGCUGCUUGUUGCUGGCGGGCUCAUUGGCUGAUUUCCUGGGGAACAAAUCCAUCAAUCUUGUCGGAUGCUUCCUCUUGUCGGCGUUCAUCCUGGCCUGCAGCUUGGCACAGACUGGUAUUGAGUUGAUUGUGUUUCGUACUUUCCAAGGCAUUGCGACUUCUAUGUGCCUUCCCACGGCAUUCAGUAUUCUGACGGACAGUAUGCCAACAGGAAAGCGUCGGAAUCUUGGAUUUGCUUGUCUAGGACUCGGUCAACCGUUCGGAUUCUCCAUCGGGCUGGUACUAGGUGGAAUUUUCCAAGAUUCGGCACUGGGAUGGAGAUUCGGCUACUACCUUUGUGCAGGCGCAACAUUUAUCUUGACAAUCGUUAAUUUCUUCAAAUUGCCAAAGGACAAACCUCGAGAGCCUUUCUCAUUCAGCCGACUUCGAACUGAGAUUGAUUGGGUUGGGAUCUUUCUUUCCAGCGCAUGUCUCGGCAUCAUAUCUUAUGUUUUCUCAAACAUCACAGAUCACCCAUCAAGUAUUCGCAAGCCCGAAAAUCUUGCGUUGCUUUGCACAGCCGUUGCUAUGAUACCCGCAUUCUGGGGUUGGAUGCAAUGGCGAGAGAAAUCAGGAAAGCCGGCAUUGAUCCCGAACUCUCUGUGGAGCAAUACAUCCUUCACAACAAUCUGCGUCAUGGUUCUGUUCUCUUGGGCAGUUCUUAAUGGCAUGGAAACAAUCAUGAGUCUUUUCUUCCAAGAAGUCCAGCAACUGUCAGCAAUCCAAGCAGCUCUACGAUUCUUACCAAGUGUCAUUAUCGGCGUCGUCAUCAAUCUCGGAACUGGAUUACUGGUGCACCGUCUCCGGGCUAACUAUCUCGUAUUUAUAACUUCCAUUCUCUCGGCCGGAUCACCUUUGCUUAUGGCUAUCAUUGACCCUAAGUGGUCAUGGUGGUAUUGCGUUUUCUGGGCUAUGCUACUGGGGCCAUUGUCUGCUGAUGCAAUCUUCACUGUCGCGAACCUGAUCAUCGCAGAUUCCUUUUCACCGAAGACUCAAGGACUCGCGGGUGCGGUUUUCAACACGGUCGCUCAAUUUGGCACGUCGAUAGGAUUGACGAUUUUUGCUAUCAUCUCUGCGAGCGUGACUGACGGAUCAUCCUUUCAAGACAAAAGCUCCCCUGGUGCGCUUAUGGUUGGGUACCGGGCAGUUUUUUGGACCUGUUUUGGCCUCCUCGUGGCUGCCACGGCAAUCAGUGCGUGGGGGCUGCGCCGGGUUGGCAAGGUAGGACUGAAAACGGAGUAG